UAUUAACUCUUUUUUUUCUUUCAAUUUUGAGAGAAGGGAAGAGAAGAGGAAGAAGACGAAGAAGAAUCCAAAAGCAAUCCCAUCUGUGUGUUUGCACAUCAGAAGGGAGGGCUAUCAAACUCAAAGGAUUGCUCUGAAUCGGUUUAGUCUUCUUCGUUUUUCUUCAAAUUCCUCGUGACAGAUCUAAUCUAAUCAGGCUUUUGGGGGUGUUUCAGACAUUGCAUGCAUAUGGGAGCAGUGGUUGUGUUGGAUGCUAUAAAAGGCCUACACUGAGUGCUACUGUGGAUGUGCCAUCGAAAGGGUUGGCAACACAAGGUAACGGAGUGAGGAAACCAAGUUCAUCAGAGGAUUUUUGGACCACUAGCACGCAUGAUAUGGACAACAGCGCUGUCCAGUCACAGGGGAGCAUCUCUUCAGCCAGUCUAACAAACCAAGCUGUGGUUCUUCAUGCUGGUUCUUCCAAAAGCAGCACCAACCCCACUGAAUUUGUAAAUCACGGUGUAAUUCUUUGGAAUCAGACUCGGCAACGAUGGGUUGGAAAUAAAAAGCUCGAGAACCGAACACAACAAUUACGAGAACCUAAAUUGAAUUGGAAUGCAACAUAUGAAAGUUUACUUGGGAGCAACAAGCCAUUCCAUCAGCCUAUCCCUCUUGCUGAAAUGGUAGAUUUUCUUGUGGACAUAUGGGAGCAGGAUGGCCUAUACGACUGAGAUGUUGAAGCUUGAGGAAGUGCUGAAAAUAAUUCUAGUUCUUGCUUGUAGGAAGAACUAUUGGGCAUAUACUGCAGUUUGUAUAUCAGUUGUCACAUGCCUAUGAAUAUGAGGAAAAUUUCUCUCGGAAACAUGAGAUAACUGUAUUAUACUUUAUUUAAUCGAUUACCUUGGCUGCCUCUACUAUCUCAAGAGGCAAGUUUUUGGAAAACUCUUGCCUUCGUUGACAGCAACUUUCAUUUGCUCUGCCUUUCCGUGAAAUUAGACCGAAAUUAUGUUGUAUAAAUAGUCAGUAACUGAGAUAUAGUUUCUGAUUUGGUGUCAUAUCCAUCAAGCUUUAAGUUUUAAAAAUCACCCGUGCAUUGGUGGAUCUUUAUCUUGA